UGUCAACAACAACCAAAGUCGCACUACGUGAGAAAAACCUUAUUUUCGAGUCAUGCCCAUUCUACGACGAGUUGCCUUGACCCUUGCGAUGGUUCACGGCUAGGAGUGCUUUAAAGACAAAAGAGAUUUUGUAAAGUGCGAAACAAGUGAAAACUCAAGAUGACCAUCACCGCGGAGACCCUUGAGAAGUUGUGUUUGCGCUUCAUCGUUAAAUUCCACAAGGAAAUCACCGACUACAGUGUUGUUGCGCAGAAUAAAUCCCCCAUGAAUUUGCAAGGCUUGCCCGCGAGCGUGAAAGAGAAGUUUUUCGAAGCGAGCCGCGAAUCAGGGCAGGCCUCCGCCCUUCCGUACUGGUUCGCGAUGGCCCUGAUCGGCAGCAACACGCAGCACGUCAACCUGAAGGGCGUGGAGACGUUUUCGGCGGUGGACCUGGCGCUCGACCUGAGGAGCAAGGGCGUCCACCGGCUCUCGAGUUUGGUGCUGGACCACUGGCCGGGGGCGGUCGUCGACCCCAUCCGGCCGCAGCAACUCGUGCCCAACGCCAGCCUCGUCAGGGUGUGCAUGCGCCAGAUGUUCUGCGGCACCCACGACCUUGCCACCGUCGCCUUCAAGUUCCCCCAAAUCAGGGAGCUGACGGUGACCGUGUCCGGAGACUGCUCGUUCGGCCACCUCGCCAAAAUGGAGCACCUGCGCGAGUUCUUCUUUUUCUACGAGAGCAGCAACGACGACGAGCGCGGCUCGGAUGGCGUCCGGCGCGCGGACGUCCUCCUGUACAGUCUGCUCUGGUCGGUGCCGAGGCUGCACAGGGCGGGCAGGGUCAAGAGCACCGGCCACGAGCUGUGCGUCCAGGACAUGUCCGAGGGCCUCAGACUGCUCAAACCGCCCCUGGGCUUGACCUUUGCCAAGGUCAGCGCGUCCAAAGUGGCCUCUUUGCAACUCGCCCAUUUGCUGCCCAAUUUGGCCGAACUUGAGCUGCACUUGGACUCGAUUGUGCCUGAUGUGCAGGAUUUCUUGAUCUUUCCUAAACUCAAAUCAUUUCAUUUGUGGUCUCAUCUUGGUAUUGCUAAGGAAGAUAGGCAAUUUUUUGUCAAAACCUUGCAAGAUCAUUAUCAAGGGCUGCGCGUACAAAAUGCAUUUGCCUGAUUAAUAAAACGUUAAUAUUGGAGGUCUAUAUUUAUUUAUUAAAAGUUUCCUUUGUAAUGUAAUGAAAUAAAAAUGUCGAUCAUCAUUUUACUUGUUGAAAACCAACACAACUUAAAUUAUGUUUGCUGGAUCACCUCGAAAGGAACCAACUCUGCCCAGGGAUGCUG